AUGGUCCUCGCACGCCACUCUCGCCACGCUACGUUCACCCCUGCCCAGGUUUCCGGGUUCUACUUCCGUCCGCACCGCGACGAAUACGACGAAGUAAUCCUGGAGUAUUAUCGCUGUCGGUGUGGCACGGUUCGGAAGCAGACCCGUCGAAAUGGGUACUCAAAUCUGAUGCAACAUGUGCGUCGUGAGCACCCAGACUACGAGGCGGUGAUGCUGAACGCGUCUACGGCUGAAACAGGGUCUAUGCUUAACUACGUACGACAGUCGGCGCUUAACGUUUACGGCUGGCUCGACUGGAUCAUCAAGAGUAACCUUCCUCUCCACUUCUGCGAGAACCAAGCUGCAAGGCGCUACUCCAAUUUGGACCCAAUUUGUGUCGAGACACUGAUCAGCGCCAUGGAAAGCCUUACUCGGAUUGUGGAGCGUUGCAUCGCUGCCGAAUUACCGGAACGGUUUGGGCUCAUUCUGGACGGGUGGAGUCACGCCUCUGAGCAUUUCCUCGCCGUCUUCGCCUGCUACGAAGUUCGCGGUGUCACCAAGACCCCGCUCCUCAGCAUGGCUCCCUUGCUGAAUGAACACGACGAGGACCUUUCGGCACGUGGCCACAUGGAGUUUCUAGCCGAAAUGCUGCCCCGCGACUUCGGUAAGCAGCUCAGCGACUGCCUUUUUGUUGUUGGGGAUAAUUGUUCUGUCAAUAGGCUUUUAGCUACACUCAUGGGCGUCCCGCUAGUGGGAUGUGCUAGUCACCGGCUUAACAGGGCGGUUCAAGUUGAUAUGGAGCAGUAUGCAGACGACUUGGAUUUAGUUCAAGCGCUGAUGGUGCGCCUGCGGACUCUAAAGCAAUCUGCUAAACUCAGGUAUAUGUCGAAAACUACACUCCGUCCAGUGACCCGACAGGAUACACGAUGGAGCUCCACUUUUGACAUGAUAAAUAGAUAUUUUAAGUUGCUGGAGCACAUCGACCCUACCGAUGAUGCUCUUGUGGACGUUCUUCCUGCCCCAGCGUGCAACAAACGGCUACUGUCGCUGCUGAAGGACCUGAAGAAGGUUGAGUCUGUUUCCAAGGCCCUACAAGGUGAACACGUUUCUUUGGCGGACGUACGGGUGUGGUUUGACGGGUUAAUUACCGUAAAGCCGCACUAUGCGAGCUAUUUGGGAGCUCACGCAGACAUCGUGCACAGUCCCGACUUCGAGUCGGGAUGUGUCCGGAUCCUCAGUGGCAACAAUCGCCUAACAAGAGCCGAAAAGGCAGCUCUGCUGCCAUUUCGCUGCAUUGAAGAAAGAUCUACUGAAGGAACGAGCGACAGUGACGAUGGCAGCUCGUUCGUUCAAAUACUUCAAAAAAGGCGGCGCCGUGAGGAAUCAAUGCCCGAGUACGAGCUGCUGGGGUGUAUCCCACCCACCUCCAAUAUUGUGGAGAGAUUUUUUAGCGUCGCCCGAACGACUUACGGACAAGAGCGCCACAGUUUAAACCCCAUCACUCUGGAGAUGGUUCUCUUUCUGCGACAGAAUAACGUGUACUGGACAGCGCAGACGGUAGAUGAGGCUACACGUUAAUUGUUAACCUGCUGUUGCUUUGCUCUUCAGUUCAUAAUGAUCUUAUUUAUUUGUUGCUA